GACAAAAUGUUUAAGAAUCAGCUGGAUUUAAAUAUAUGAUUACAUCUGAUCUCCAUCCCAAAGACAGAAUGACUGCGAAAAUAGCGGAUGAGGUUUCUGCUUCUCUCGGCAGCAUUGUAGAUGUUCCUAAGGAUGUGUACACAGCGGAGGGGUCGAUUGUUUUUAAAGAAGAGGCUGUAGGGGAGGAAGAGCAUGAAGGGAAACCUGAUGAGAGUGGAUGCGGUGAUAAUCUGUUUGAGGACAAGAGCGCACCUGAGUUGUCUCUCCACGGCGACUUGGCGCAGUGUGUGGCAACUUUACGCACGCACCCCGUGGCGUUUACCGGCAAGUUCUCGGUGGACUCCAGAGGCGCGGGAGGACCGUGGACACCUGGGGACGUCAUCAACGUGAUCAGCGCUGACAUCGGGACCCCGGGGACGGCCACGGUGUCCGGAUCGUGUUCACCCGAUAUUUACGCAGGAGGAGGAGACUCAGCGGACGCAGGGGACGGCACUAUGGCGCACGGUCAGCCGGACAUCAGCCACAUGUACGCGCCCACUCACCCUCAUCCUCACCCUCACCCGGCUCCGUCCUACUCCUGCAGCGGGGACAUGUACCAGGAUCAGUCGGCAGGGGGGUACCUGGCGACAUCCACCUGCGCCGUGUCCUACCACGCGCCCCCGUCCUACAACCCCAUGCCCAAACCAACCGUAGAAGGCGCCGCCCUGCUGUCCAUCAUGCCUGAAUAUGGUGGUUUCUACCAGCAGAGCUGCCAGAGAGAAAUCCAGACGGCUUUCCCAGAGAGGAAAUCCCUCUCGUACCCGCUAGACUCCCUCAGGGUGCCCCCGCCUCUCACUCCUCUCAACACCAUCAGGAACUUUACGCUCGGUGCGCCCUCGCCGGCCGCCGAGGGUCCGAUGGCCGCAGCUUUCCCCAACCACCAGAGCCUCCCCCUCAGACCCAUCUUGAGACCCAGGAAGUACCCAAACCGACCGAGCAAGACGCCAGUCCACCAGAGGCCGUAUCCGUGCCCGGCCGAGAGCUGCGACCGCCGGUUCUCCCGGUCGGACGAGCUGAGCCGGCACCUGCGCAUCCACACUGGCCACAAACCUUUCCAGUGCCGCAUCUGCAUGAGGAACUUCAGCCGCAGCGACCACCUCACCACCCACAUCCGCACGCACACCGGGGAGAAACCCUUCUCGUGCGAGCAAUGCGGAAGAAAGUUCGCCCGGAGUGACGAGAGGAGGAGGCACAUGAAGAUCCAUCUCCGGCAGAAGGAGAAAAAGUCCUCUGCGUCCUAAUCCUCCUCACCUCGCGCACGACCCGAAGCUGCUGAAUGUAAACUGAAUCUGACCUGGAUCAGCUCCUGCCACAGUCUGUCUGUCAAAAGAGCCCAAAAUCUCAUCAUGAAGUUUAUAUUGUUCUCACAAAAAGAUGGAAGAAAUUUCUUUGGAAGCCAUAAUUUAUGAUAUAAAAUUAUAAAAGUAAUGAAAUAAUAAAUAAUUAAUGAAAAAAAGUCAGGGAGAAUCAGAAUCAGAGUCCCCACACUGUAAAAUCUGAUUUUACUUAAAAUAAUCUUGAAAACAGAUUGCCUU